AUGACCCUGUCGCCGCCUAUUGACAUGGGCAACACUGAUUCGCCAGCAGCCAGCCCUUUCUGCAACAUCGUCGCCUCUCGCCGCCCACCCUUUGCUGUUGGUCGCGCCGGGGCCAGUAGAAGAUACCUUCGUUUCGAAUCGAGCUUGAUUUGCCGUAGUGAGGACGAGCUCGAAGGCGAACCGGGGAGCGGUUUCCUGGUCAGGCUGCAAAGCUUGGAUGAUAAACCGCUGCUCAUGCAAGGUGAGGUGAUCCGUGAUGUCCCUGGAAUGCGGCGGGAUGUUAUUUACAGCCAAGUAUACGAGGGUUUAGAUUUUAGUGGGCAAGUGUACGACGCCGGAGAGAACAUACGGCUCGUAGCGAAUGGCAUCGGGCAAGACAACGAUUUGCAGGAGCAUGAAGUUCAUCACAUACAAUCUAACCCCGCGAAACAGCGAGUCGCUGAAAGGGGAGCUCGGCAAUCACAAACGUCAUUUACAGUUGACACCAUUCUCUUUUUGUUGCCCUUUACCCAAGCGAAAGGCGCGACGCGACGCGUCGCUGGGCGCCCACCAAAGUUUGCAAGGCUAGCCAAAGGGCUUCCUACGAUUAGCAGUGGUCUGAAGCGGCGACGGUCUGACUUGGAAGAUGAAGGACACCGUACUGAAGAAAGGGGGACUGGAGAUUCGACACGCUCAGUACGACCAAAGGCAGGGACUCGUCAGCCGUCAGUGCUUGUCAUUGAUUCGAGUGACGAAGACACUGAGUCUGAGCUCACCGAGAUUGAGGAUUCGUGCUGCGCGUCAGAUGUGUCCGAAGCAGAAAAUGCGGAUGACAACGAUACGGAGCUUCCGAUUCAAGUUUCCGAGUUGCGGACGAAGGAGCUAUUCCCGAAACAGCUGGCAACAGGAGACACAGGACAAGGAACAACGUUGGCUGCCGCAUACAGCCUUAAAGCUCAACAGGAAGGGGUCGCGAAUACAUCAGAGAUGCAGCAGUUCGUCAAAGACAGUGCCACUCUAGCAGCGCACAACCUCAUUUUCGGAGGUGAUGUUUGCGAUUGGAUGUCCAAGGUCAGCGAAGAUGGUCGGCUGCAUCGUUUUCAGUCUCCUCUAGCCCGUCGUGGGUAUGGUUUAAACAUGGUGGUGUUCGCGGCCAUGGUUCACAUUGCGAGGGGGGCUGGCUACGACGGUCAAGGCGACAUUCUCGAUAAGUUAGCGAACGGAUCCAUGGAGCUUUUUGUCUAUCCGCUUGUGAUAUUUGGGACGACACGACUCAAAAGUCUUUGUAAAGGGUUCAUGCGGGCCGUACAGCCGAAAGCCUAUCGUUUGCUCAAUAUCCAGGGGAAAACCCGGGACGAACUCUCAGCGCUUCUCAAGGACAGCAGCUAUAUAUACCCACAUAAAGAUGGAAAGGCAGGUUUCUUGCCCCGCGCAUUUGCCUUUGCUAACCCCGACAUGACAAAGCCUUUUGGUAGUGAGGUUAUAUCUGAAGGAAUCAAAGCAGCAUUCUUCACACCUCAUGGUGAAUCCGAGGUCCACUAUCAAGUUUAUCAGAGCUUCGGUCUAGGCCUAGCUUAUCGUCAUGAAUUGACGUCCUCAAUCAACGAGCGGUCAGACGAACAUGAGGUCACGCCAGCGAUGCUUUUGUUUGCUUCAACGGCAAUCGCCGCUGUCAUUAAACAGAAGCUGAAUGGCAGUAUCCGGGCUCCGUUGUCUGGCGCGGAGCUCGACCAACUCUUCAAAGACCAUCUACUCCUGCUAGCGACCUUUCAAAAGCGGAAGCCAGUGGCGUAUCAUCGUCUCAUGCACGGUAUCCUCGAGAAGUGCUGGUGCGUACCCUGUGGGACAACCGCGCGUAACUCGAAAGCUAAUGCAGUCCGGUCAUUCAGCGGGAGUUCUCUCGGAAAAAGUGGACAUCAACCGGUGGGUAAGAAGAUUGUUGACGAUGUUGAUUGGGAUUUGAUCCCAGAUGUGUAA